CAAGCGGCCUUUCUUGUUUCCGCUUUUCCGCCACGAUAAAUCGCGAAAUAUCGACGCAUUUCCCACCAACACCCCUGCAUCGUCUCGUUCCACCAACCUUCCUCCUGUCUCGCGGUUUGAUUCUACUGGAGAAGUCGCGACUGACAGCUUUGGUGGAGAAAGAUGGCGGCAUGGUGCUCGGUGGAUGCAGGAGCAACGUAUUCUACGGGGGAGAUUAAGCAAAAUUUUCGCAAUUUGAAUGGAAUCCGAACCCUUGCAGAGAGUGGUCGCUUCAAGGGAUGGUUAUUGGAUCAGUUUGGUGUUCUUCAUGAUGGGAAGAAACCGUACCCCGGCGCCAUUUCAACACUGGAAAAUUUAGCAAAUCAUGGGGCAAAGAUGGUAAUUAUAAGCAAUUCUUCCAGAAGAGCAUCCAUAACAAUUGAGAAAAUGAAGGACCUUGGUUUUGAUUCUUCUCUCUUUCUUGGAGCUAUCACAAGUGGAGAACUAACACACCAAUACCUUCAAAGGAGGGAUGAUCCGUGGUUUUCAAAAUUGGGAAGAUGUUGUGUUCACAUGACAUGGUGUGAUCGAGGUGGAAUAUCUCUUGAUGGGUUGGGCUUGCAAGUGGUGAACCGGGUAGAUGAAGCAGAUUUUAUACUGGCGCAUGGUACUGAAGCACUUGGUCUACCUUCUGGUGAUACACAACCUACGAGCAUUGAAGAACUUGAGCAAAUUUUGGAGCAUUGUAGCAAAAGAAAAAUUCCAAUGGUGGUAGCUAACCCGGAUUUUGUUACUGUUGAAGCUAGACAUUUGCGCAUCAUGCCUGGAACACUUGCCGAGAAAUAUGAACAGGUUGGCGGCAUAGUUAAAUGGAUGGGGAAACCUGAUAAGGUAAUCUAUAAAUCAGCAUUGGCCAUGGUUAGUUUAGACCCUCAUGACUGUGUUGCCGUUGGGGAUUCCCUUCUUCAUGACAUUAAAGGAGCCAACAAUGCUGGAAUUGAGUCAGUGCUCAUCACAGGGGGAAUCCAUGCCGCUGAACUUGGGCUUGAUGGCUUGACUGAAUCUUCUGAUACUGAAGCUGUGCGAGCCCUAGCAUCUAAAUACAAUGCGCAUCCUUCUUAUGUUUUGCCUUCCUUCUCGUGGUAGAGGGUUCUGUGUUUAAUUUAAAUUUAUUUUUCUUUUUUUUCAUUCGAUUUUUAGUAUAGUAAGCCAUUCAAAUAGGAACAUUUGUAAUAUAUUUGAAGUCAACUGGAUUUUGAAUAUUAUUGUAUCAUUAAAACUGUUGACACAAAUCUCAAGACAAUUGAGCGGCCCAGGAUAGUGGUCGGAUGA